AUGUCGAAAGCAACUAUGAAGGGAGAUAAUGUCUAUGUUUUUGGCGGAAUCAGGAAUUUUCAGCAUAAUGAUAGCGUCCAGUGGUACGACAGCUCAUUGUUGAAGCUUGAUCUAUCAAAAUCCUGGUACUACAUGGAAAACGACCCAUCCAUCGCGGCUAUCAGUUCCCUCAAUGCAUCAUACGCACCUCCACCAUUUCUCAUGUAUAGCAGCUUAACAUGUGAUACCGAUGGUAAUUUCCACAUCGAUGGGGGCGGCCUAGCUAUGUUCAACGCAUCUAGAGAACAACCUAUGAUAGCCAUGCCAAUCCAAAACAGUUCAUGGACUUUCUGGAGGAACAACAGCUCAUGGUCACCAGGUAGUGCGAGGGUACCAGAGUCAAGAUAUGCACCGAUGCACACACUUUACACUCAGGCCCCUGAGCAAGACCUAGUGUUCUAUCUGAAUGGCAUAUUGAGCAACGGAUCGAGCGAGCGUGCAUAUCCAAAGAUGAUGGUCCUCAACACGCGGACGAAUGCUAAACGUAUUGAACCGCUGGACAUGAUUCACGUCUUUGACAUCGCCUCGCUAGACGACACACCCAAUGGUAUAUGGUAUCACCAACGGACCACUGGCCGAACGCCUCUGUCCCGUAUCUCUACAUGCGCAAUCCACAUACCAUCCCCAGAUAACACAUCCUAUCACAUAUACAUGUCUUCUGGUCGCUCUCCAACGGAGGGCUACGAUGAUGUAUGGGUUCUCUCACUCCCACAAUUUCUUUGGACACAGGUCUUUGCAGGUGCUCGUCGUAAUUAUGGCUCUACAUGCCACCUGGUGGGCAAAAAGCAGAUGCUCAUUCUUGGUGGGAACGAUUGGACUAAAGCAAAUCGAGACCCGACGAUUGUAGCAAUAUAUGACAUGACCAAUUUGAAGUGGCUGACAGAAUUUCUCCGGGAAGAUUAUGACUUCAGAGUACCAAAAGCUGUAUGGGAGUGGAUUGGUGGUUCUGCAACUGGUGGAGCAACAAUGAGAGAGCCUGAAGGCGGGUUCGCAAGCUCCGGUUUAGCGAGAAUGUUUGAAGGCAUGGCCGGCAAGGAAGGAAUGAAAAGCGACGGCUCUUCUGCGAGACUAGAAGCUAAAGCCAAGGUUGUAGUACUGGUGUCGGUCAUCAUGACAACCAUUUUAAUGCUGUAG